UGCAACCUUACCACACUUCACUUUCAUAUUUUCCUCCCGUAAAAAAUCAUGCAGAUUUCAAAAUCUUCCAUGCUAAUUUACCUCUCAUUUCUACUACUUUCUCUAGCAACGACAUGUCGUAUAACUAACUUGCCUCUCACUCUCUGUUUCUUCUCCUUAUUUUUCACUUUAUUCGCCGUAUCUCUAAACUACUGGCUAGUCCCCGGUGGCUUUGCAUGGAGAAAUUACCAUAACCCCAAACAAAAACUCGCCGGUCCAACCGGCUGGCCAGUUCUCGGUACAUUACCCGAAAUGGGCUCACUCGCUCACCGUAAAUUGGCCGCUAUGGCUAAUUCAUUACAUGCAAGAAAACUUAUGGCGUUCAGUUUAGGCGCAAAUCGUGUAAUUAUAAGCAGCCACCCUGAUACAGCUAAAGAAAUCCUAUCCGGCCGGUCGUUUUCUGAUCGUCCGAUUAAAGAAUCAGCUCGGUUAUUAAUGUUCGAACGCGCCAUCGGCUUUGCUCCGUCGGGUGAUUACUGGAGAAACCUACGUAAAAUAGCUACAACUCACAUGUUUUCUCCCCGGAGAAUUUGUUCCCUAGAGCCAAUACGACGUCGUUUAGCUGAUGAAAUGGUUGAACAAGUGAAGAAUUCAAAUAUUGUUUUCUUGAGAGAAAUAUUACAAAAAGGGUCUUUAAGUAAUGUGUUAGAGAGUGUGUUUGGUAAUAAUUUAAGGAAGGGAGAUGAAGAGGAGUUAAGUUUAAUGGUUAAAGAAGGUUAUGAAUUAAUUAGUAAAUUUAAUUUGGAAGAUUAUUUUGGUUUUAAAUUUUUGGAUUUUUAUGGGGUGAAAAGAAAAUGUUUUAAAUUGGCUUGUAAGGUUAAUGGUUUAGUGGGAGAAAUUGUUAGAGAGAGAAAGGGGAAUGGUGAGUUUAGUGAUGGAAAUGACUUUCUUAGUGCUUUGCUAUCUUUGUCUCAACAUGAGCAGCUUGCUGAAGCUGAUAUGGUCUCUGUUUUAUGGGAAAUGAUAUUCCGAGGGACAGACACAAUUGCCAUACUACUGGAAUGGAUCAUGGCUAGAAUAGUUAUGCACCAAGACAUCCAAGAAAAAGCUCAACAAGAAAUCGACACGUGUACUGGCCGGAAUCGCCACGUUCAAGAUUCCGACAUCCCUAACCUCCCUUACCUCCAAGCUAUAGUCAAAGAAGUACUAAGAAUGCACCCUCCUGGCCCCCUCCUUUCAUGGGCCCGCCUAGCGAUCCAAGAUGUCCACGUCGACAAAAUCUUCAUUCCCGCUGGCACAACCGCAAUGGUCAACAUGUGGGCCAUAACUCAUGACCCGUCAGUAUGGAAAAAUCCAUUCGAGUUCAACCCGGACCGAUUCUUGGAAGAGGACGUGGCAAUAAUGGGUUCGGAUCUAAGGCUUGCACCAUUUGGGUCGGGUCGGAGGGUCUGCCCAGGUAAAGCACUGGGCCUAGCCACCGUGCACCUAUGGCUCGGGCGGCUCUUACAAGAAUACAAAUGGCUACCGGGAAAGCCUGUGGACUUGUCUGAAUGCUUGAGGCUGUCCCUUGAAAUGAAACAGCCAUUAGCUUGUUACGCAGUUGCUCGAUAGGAUAAAUUAAAGCUUGAUUCAUCUUUACAAUUACUACAUGAAGUAGUUAAAAGUUGACUAAAAUGUUUGCCUUCUAUUGUAAAAAAUAAAUGGGAGGGCUAUGAAUUGAAAAGUUAAGCAAACAAUGUGACUUUAAAAUUUGUGCAAUAUGCAUAAAAAGUUGAAUCGGCCAAAGUCAACGUGUGUAAUCUAAGCUAAUUUAAAAUGUUAAUGUAAAUACUUUCUUGCAUAA